ACACACACACACACACACACACACAUACACACAUUCACAUCAGCUGCCCAGUAGCUUCAAGUGAGCAGCUCUAAAGUGCGUUUGCUCUGUAAAGUCUGUAAUGGAGGCAAUAACCUACAACCUUUCAUUUACAAUGUCUAACUGCCCUGCCCCCCGCUGUCCCACAUUAUUGUCCUUGUAUAAAGUUUGGAAAACUCAGCUAUGAAAGCAGCAGUAUGACUGGAGUAUUCGACCGAAGGAUCCCGAGUGUUAAACCUGCAGACUUCCAGAGCUCCUUUCAACUCUCCACCAUGCAUCAUCCGUCUCAGGAAUCUCCUACUUUACCCGAGUCCACCGCCACGGAUUCUGGCUACUACAGUCCCGCCGGUGGAGUCACUCACGGUUACUGCUCGCCCACUUCGACCUCGUACGGAAAGCCUCUCAAUGCCUACCAGUACCAGUACCCGGGUGUAAAUGGAUCCGCUGGAAAUUACUCGACAAAAUCCUACACUGAUUACAGCUCUUACACGACCCCCGCCUACCACCAGUAUGCUGGGACUUACAGCAGAGUGCAAGCCCAGCCGAGUCCACAAGAAAAAGAGAUAAGCGAGACUGAGGUGAGGAUGGUGAAUGGCAAGCCGAAGAAAGUGAGGAAACCCCGGACAAUAUACUCCAGCUUCCAGCUGGCCGCCCUGCAGAGGCGGUUUCAGAACACACAGUACCUGGCGCUGCCGGAGAGAGCAGAGCUGGCUGCCUCGCUGGGACUCACACAAACACAGGUGAAAAUUUGGUUCCAGAACAGGAGAUCAAAAAUGAAGAAGAUCAUGAAAAACGGCGAGCUUCCACCGGAGCACAGCCCCAGCUCCAGCGACCCCAUGGCGUGCAACUCUCCACAGUCCCCGGCCGUUUGGGACACACAGGGGCCCUCCAGGCCGCACAGCCUACAGCCACAAAGCAUCAACACGACGGCCUCUAACUUUUUGGAAAGCUCGGGGUCAUGGUACACCUCAGCCGGCAGCUCCAUGACUUCCCACCUCCAGACCCCUAACUCGAUACAGCACUCGUUGGCUCUCGGAGCGGGGACGUUAUAUUGAAAAACCUGUUGUUCAUUUCAAAUAUUUUUUUUUUUCCUCCUUCUAUGGGACUCGUGUUCAAAUUUCAGAGGAAUAUGCAAUGUAUUUGAUGACAGUCAUAGAAGAAACGUGUAAAAUGUGUAAAUGUGUGCAUGUAAUUUAUUGCAUUUUUUGGAAGACUAUUAAACGUUUAAAUGGACAAUGGA